GACCUCUUGUCCUCUAAACAGGUCUAUGCCCUGAUAUUUCGUCUGUAUAUCAAAGUUGAGAAUUGAAUGAUUCCUCAAUUUAACUCAGUCAUGAACUGUAAAUACAGUACGCAACUUCCGCAGUUGUCCAGCCAGUGCAAAAUAUUCCUAGCUGAGGGUGGUCUGGAGACAGAUUUCAUCUAUAGGAGAGGUUCUGAUUUGCCCCAUUUUGCUGCAUUCACCCUCCUUGAAACUCCCGAAGGCAGACAGGCUCUUCGAGACUACUACAUAAUGUACGUAAAGAUUGCGCGGCAGUACAAAACGGGCAUCGUGCUUCAGCUCCUAACGUGGCGUCUGUCUGAACCAUGGGUAAAGCUCUUAGGGUAUGCAGACCCAGCUGGAAAAGUUGUCGAGACGAAUCGUGAUGCAGUGCAACUCCUCCAGUCCAUACGGUCGGAAUUUGAAGAUGAGCAUACGCCGGUUGUUAUAAGUGGCAGCUUGGGCUCUGUACAAGAUUCUUACAAGAUCAGUGCGUGAUUUUUGCUGUUCGCCCGGUGUUAUUCUCACUUGUAGAAAAGAGACUGGCCACAUCGGUAAACCUUGAAUUUUCCGCUGCAGUCAAAUCUUUACUACGUAUGGCCGUAGAAUCUGCAACUAGCUCUCUGAAAAUCCUCGAUUCA